UGCAAAGUGUCUUACGUGUUUCACUAUAUGGAUUUCAACAUUAGACAUCGAAUCUGACAAAUUAUCUCGGAAGCAGCUAAAUGAAGCUAUCCUUUCAGCAUUAUUUGACAUGCAUGUUCCUGCUGUUUGUGCCAUUAACCAGGCAGUUUUAGCUUUGUUUGCAGCAAGGCGGACAUCGGGAAUAGUUAUCAAUAUUGGUUUUCACCAGACAUCUGUUGUUCCAAUUCUACAUGGUCAAAUACUGCACAAUGUUGGCGUGGAAACAAUAGGAAUAGGAGCUUUGAAACUUACAAGUUUCCUUAAGGAGCAGAUGCAGCAAAAGAACAUAUAUUUUGGCUCACUUUACACUGUGCGCACAUUAAAGGAGAAUCUCUGCUAUGUUGCUCCCGAUUAUGAAGCUGAGCAAUCCAAAGACACACUAGCCUCAUUUCAAGUUCCAUCAGAAGGUGUCUUUACACUUGAUCAAGAACGGUUUCGAACAGGAGAAAUUCUGUUCCAGCCUCAUAUUGCAGGAGUGCGUGCCAUGGGAUUACACCAUGCUCUUGCAUUGUGCAUGGUGCACUGUCAAGAAGCAGAACUUGUUGCCGAUGAUGCUUGGUAUAGAACUGUGAUCUUGGCAGGCGGUACUGCAUGUUUGCAUGGGCUAGCUGAAAGAUUAGAGAAGGAAGUUUGUGGUCUUCUUCCCCCAUCAAUGUCUUUUGGCGUUAGAGUACUUCCUCCCCUUCAUGGUGUAGAUUCUGCAUGGUAUGGAGCAAAGCUCAUCAGCAAUUUGAGUACCUUUCCCUCUUCGUGGUGUGUGACAAAAAAGCAAUUCCGCCAGAGGUCCAGACACAAGCUUAUAUGGUAAUAACCCGAUUGUAAGUUUAUGAGUAAAUCUAUUCUCUUUUUUUUCUUCUCAAUCUUUUGUACAAAAAAAGUUGGGAUGAAGCAAAAAAUCAUAUCUGUAAGUGUAUCAUAUAUGCACAUGGCGGUGGGGGUAUAGAUGAUAUACUUGUAUACUAUUUACCUUUUAUGUAUUAUACUUUUAUCCUUUUUAUUGUAUUAUGGGUAAGGUCUGGGUAUACACACUCUCCACCCUUUACAUUUUUGUGUGAUUCUAUUAGGUUGUAAAUUUGUUGUUGUUGUAUGGGUUUGUCUUCAUAUUAGUAUAUUACUACUCGUCCUGUUCCAAU